CCGGAUCCUCCAUCCCCCUUGAAUCUCAUUCCCUUCUGCAACAUAACAAAUCUAAAGCUCCGAUCUUGAUCCCUUUUCCUUCAAAAUUCAACAAUUUCACAGGCACCCAUCUCAAAUCUCAACCCCCUCUACAAAUCCCACCAUCCAAUUCAGCUCAAUUUCGAUUCCCUGCAAACCCUAAUUCAAUGUCGGCGUUCCUACACCAGCGCCCUCUCCACAACCCAUUUUCAGAUCCAAACCCACUAUCCCAACCCUCCUCAAAUCCCAGAAAACCCUUCUCAUCUUUCAACCCAAUAACCCUUCUAGUCCUUCUCUUCCUCUUAAUAAUACUGGGUGUGUUUCUUCCAUGGACAAGUAUGAACAAUGGUCUGUUGUUCAUCACAAACAAGCCCUAUCUCAAAUGGAGGGACUACACAUUGGCCCAAGCUGCGGCCUUUGUGGCCCAAAAUGGGACCUUGAUUGUUUGUGCAGUGAGUGAGCCUUACUUGCCGUUUUUGAACAACUGGUUGAUCAGCAUUGCCAGGCAGAAGCACCAGGACAAGGUGCUUGUCAUUGCUGAGGACUAUGCAACGCUCUAUAAGGUCAAUGAGAGGUGGCCGGGCCACGCCGUGCUUAUACCCCCGGCUCUUGAUGCUAAAGCUGCCCAUAAGUUUGGUUCUCAGGGAUUCUUCAACUUUACUUCUAGAAGGCCGCGCCACCUUUUACACAUUUUGGAGCUUGGAUACAGUGUGAUGUACAAUGACGUUGAUAUGGUGUGGUUGGCCGAUCCCUUUCCUUAUCUGGUAGGGAAUCAUGAUGUGUACUUCACAGAUGAUAUGACUCCUGUCAAACCUCUGAACCAUUCUCAUGAUUUGCCACCUAUAGGUAAGAAAGGACGCACUUACAUAUGCAGCUGUAUGAUCUUUUUACGUCCUACAAGAGGAGCAAAAUUAAUUAUGAAGAAGUGGAUUGAGGAAAUGGAGCAGCAGCCCUGGUCCAGAGCAAAGAAAGCAAAUGAUCAACCUGCUUUUAACUGGGCAUUAGACAGAAAUGCUGCACAGGCGGAUCUCUACCUGCUGCCGCAGGCUGCAUUCCCAACUGGAGGAUUAUAUUUCAAGAACAAGACAUGGGUAAAGGAAUCUAAGGGAAUGCAUGUUAUAAUCCACAAUAACUAUAUUUUAGGUUUCGAGAAGAAGAUAAAGCGCUUCCAUGAUUAUGAUCUUUGGUUGGUAGAUGAUCAUGCUGAUGAGUCCCCUCUUGGGAGAAUAUGAAAUUGAACGACCUCAUGAUAUAUGUAUGCCAGUUUUGAUUGACUACCAGUCCAGUCCAGUCCAGUCCAGUCCAGUUGGAAAAUGAAAGCAAAUGCUUGCCACCAAUAUGUUUGAGCUUCACGCAUGAUGGUAAGUAAGGGAAGGGAAGAAAUGAGAAUUUGGGUAGAGAUGAUGCGGUUUCAACCACGUCUUGAUGCUAGGAAUUGUUUUCGAUUGCUUGUACCAUCUUUUACGAGUUAGGUAUAUUCUUUUUGAUCUCACAUUUUCUACUGUCGAAGCUGCCCCAUUUAAUGUAACUUGUAAGGGGAAGCAUAAUUUGAUGUAACUACAUAUUUUAUAUAAAAAUCACCAGAUGUUU